UCCUAUCAGUACAAAGAAACUUUGUGUGUGUGGUUAGAUUGUUAUGUCAUGCUAUCAUCAUCUUUCUUCCCACCAAAAUGGCUUUCUCUUGUCAUACAUGUGUCUAACAUUUUCUGUCUGGCUGCAGUUGGGUCGUGUUGUGACAUACCCAGUCUGGCUGUUCUACACCACCAUUGCGAGGUACUGGUGGAGGUCACAUCCUGCAAUUACUCUGAAGGAUCCUGAAGUCAAGUAUGCGCUGAGGCUGAUUGAUAAGGAGGAGGUUAGUCAUGACACGAGGAAGUUCCGCUUUGCUCUCCCUUCCACAGAGCACAUUCUGGGUCUCCCUGUAGGACAGCAUAUCUACCUGUCUGCACGGAUCAAUGGGAACCUGGUUAUUAGACCCUACACUCCAGUUUCCAGUGACAGCGACAAGGGCUUUGUGGAUCUCGUUGUCAAGAUCUAUUUUAGAGGUGUCCAUCCAAAGUUUCCUGAUGGAGGGAAGAUGUCUCAGUACUUAGACAGCCUGAAAAUAGGGGAUACCAUUGACUUCAGAGGACCAAGCGGCCUACUUGUCUACAAUGGAAAAGGCAAGUUUGCUAUCCGUGCGGACAAGAAAGCGGAGCCGGUUAUUAAGAAAGCCAAAUACGUGGGGAUGAUUGCAGGUGGGACUGGGAUAACACCUAUGCUGCAGAUCAUCCGAGCCAUCAUGAAGGACAAAAACGAUCCUACCGUUUGCCAGCUUCUCUUUGCUAACCAGACUGAGAAGGAUAUCCUGCUUCGUUCUGAGCUGGAUGAGAUCCAGGUUCAGCAUUCUGGUCGCUUCAAGUGCUGGUACACGCUGGACAGAGCGCCUGAAAAUUGGGAUUACAGCCAAGGAUUUGUGAACCAAGAGAUGAUAAGAGAUCACCUGCCCCCACCUCAAGAUGAUGUUCUGAUCCUCAUGUGUGGACCUCCUCCAAUGAUCCAGUAUGCUUGCAUUCCCAACCUGGACAAGCUGGGCUAUGCCAAGGACAUGAGGUUCUCCUUCUAAAGACUAGAGAUGACUCGGUGGCCUUGUGUAUAAGGGAAGAAAAGAACCAAACCCUGUGAUGUGGAACAGGACAAAGAUGCAGAGCUGGCUGAUGCAAAGUGCAUUAAGAAAUGCUUCAUUUUUCUCUUAUCCCUGACAAGUAAAACACUUCAGCUCAGCUGCAGAUUGCACAGGAGCAACUGUUUUGGAAAAGCAGGGAUGCUUAGGGCAGUAAACAC